CAUAAAAAGUUUUCUAUCAAAAAAAAUAUAUACAUAAAAAGUCAAAUAUUUGGACAAAGUAUGUUGUUAGUAAUUUAAACUCUGAUUUGGUCAUCAUAACCAGAGCAACAGAGAAUUCAAUGGUGAUGGUAGAAGAAGAAGAAGAUUAUCAAUACUCACUAACCAUAACCAAAUCAAUCACUUGAUUUCAUUUCUGCUCAAUCCAUCGGUUGCUCCAACAGAUCGGUUAUUAUUACUUCAUUCAUAAAUCUUAAGAGAGAGAGAGAGAGAUGGGAGAUGAUAAAGGCGUUGGAGAAGGUGAGAAGGUAGAAUCGGGAACAACGACGACGGCGACGGCGAGUGAGGUUGGGAAGAAGAAGAAGAAGGUUCGUAAGGGUAUCUUUUCCAGAAUUUGGAAUGGAAUCUUUAGAAUAAAUGGUGAUGAUUUUGAGAAGCGACUUCAGUAUAUUUCUAAAGAAGAAGCCACUGUUCUUGCUAGAAUCAAGAGGAGAUCCCAAACUUGGAGGCCUAUAAUUAGAUACCUUAUUAUAUUUUCUCUCAUUUUUGAGGCUAUUGCAAUUGGUUACGCUAUUGUAACAACCCGAACAUCGGAUAUGAAUUGGAAAAUGAGAGCAUUUCGAGUUUUGCCUAUAUUUCUUUUGCCUGCUAUCUCUUCUGUUACUUAUUCAGCAUUUGUAAGCUUCACAAAGAUGUGUGACCGCAAAGACCAAAACACUUUGGAAAAGCUUCGGGCAGAAAGGCAGGCGAAAAUUGAUGAGCUUAAAGAAAGAACUAAUUAUUACACCACUCAACAACUAAUUCAGAGAUAUGACCCUGACCCAGCAGCAAAAGCAGCUGCGGCAACUGUUUUAGCAUCAAAGUUGGGUGCAGAUUCAGGUCUGAAAAUGUUUUUGGGAGAUGAACAUGAACCUAAUGUUCAAGCUACAAUGGGAAAGAGCAAAGAUGUAGAACUUGUUCAGUCUGGUGGACUUCGGAAUAGGAAACAUUCCAACACUCACUCAAUCUCCGGAGAAGGUACACAUCAAUCUCCAGGGAGUGAGGAUCCCGCCCAGACUUCUGAGCAGAGCCCGUUGGUUGUUAGUCAUUACAAUCCUACUCAAGGAUCCUCUGCUCAUGACGGAGGAUGGAUUGCUCGAAUUGCAGCAUUACUUGUCGGUGAAGAUCCAACACAAUCGUAUGCACUCAUUUGUGGAAACUGCCAUAUGCACAACGGUGAGACUUUUCGUUUAACCUACUACUAGUUUGGUUUUUUAACUAACCAGUUAAGUGGACUGGCCUCGGGUUUUUUCUUUGCACAGGACUUGCUAGGAAGGAAGAUUUCCCAUUCAUUACAUAUUAUUGCCCACAUUGUCGGGCCUUAAACAGGCCACACCAAUCCGAAGAGCAUGUUUCUUCUGGUUCUAGUACCCCUAAUUCGGGAGCCAUCGAUGUGUUGAAGACUGCUAAUGUACUUGCAAGUGAGAGUGUAGUCGCAGGUGACGGUUCCAUUAUUAGAGCCAUCCCCGAGAACAAAGUCGAGGAAAUGACCGAAACAACAGAGGAUUUGGCCAGUUGAGAAAGCAAGCAAGCAAACUUAAACUUAAGUUUGAGGCUCAAAGUUGAAGUGUUGUGAAAAUUAUUUGACUAGAAAAUUAUUUGUAUAAACACACAAGAAAUUAUUUAGAUUUCAAAUAGUUUAAGACCGGUUUUAAUUUCAGGUGAGGCGGCCGCCCAUGUUUAUACGUGGUGGUGCUACUAUUUUUGUUCUCCUUGUGGUGGUGAUUCUGGUGAAGUUGAAAACUCUUUCCUCAGAUCCAAAUAUUUCUUAAUUUUUUUGUCUUUUACUUUUCAUAUUCAUUAUAUUUCAAUAUAUACUUAAUUUUAUUUUAUUUAA